AUGGGUGCCUGUACCUCUUCUCCGUCAAACGCUGACCCCGCCGCCGAUGCUAGGUCAAGAGAGAUUGAUAGGGCAUUGAGAGAAGAUGAGAAAAAGCUCGCGAAAGAGGUCAAGCUUUUGAUCCUUGGAGCAGGCGCGUCCGGCAAGUCUACAGUCUUGAAGCAGAUGAGAUAUAUCCAUAACCAACCAUUCUCCCCGGCUGAAAUUGAAGAUUAUCGCAAAAUCGUCUUCACCAAUGUCGUUGGAGGUAUGCGAGCGAUCAUCGAUACGAUGGACGAGUUAUCCAUGGCCAUCUCACCUGCGAAUCGAAAGUACGUCUCGUUUGUCGAUCAAGAACCUGCGAUCAACACCGGCGAGCCUUUCCCUGCCCGUUACCUGGAAGCCUUGAGAGCUUUGUGGAGUGACGAGCAAGUCCAAGCGUGUUACGCUCGAGCACAUGAGUUUGCUCUACAGGAGAAUAUCCCUUAUUUCUACGCCGAGGGCAAGUUGGAGAAGCUCUUUGAACCCGACUAUAAACCAAGUGAUGAUGAUGUUUUGCGUGUCCGAGCCAAGACGACAGGUAUCAGUGAAACGUGGUUCAAUCUCAAAGACAUCCGGAUGAGAGUUUUGGACGUCGGUGGGCAACGAUCUGAGAGGCGGAAAUGGGCCAGCUGCUUCGAGGACGUCACGGCUAUCAUCUUCAUCUUCUCGCUGGCGGAUUACAAUGCGGGUAUCAUAGAAGAUACGAGCUCGAACGGCAUGAUGGAAGCGUUGAUACUUUGGGAAUCUAUUGUCAACUCGCAGUGGUUCACCAAGACCAACAUCAUUCUCUUUGCCAACAAGUGGGAUCUAUUGGCGUCCAAAAUUAUCAAAAAAGAUCAACAAAUCUUACCGUACUUCCCCGACUUCCCAGGCAAACCUGGCAGUGCGAACGAUGCCUUCCGGAGCUUGAACCGCAACCCCAACAGGGAAGUGUACAUCCACACCACGACAGCUGUCGAUCAAGAGAACAUUCGCGUGAUCCUUGCGGCGACCCAAGAUACGAUUGUGAAAAAUAUGUUGCAAUCCAUGGCCUUGAUAUGA